AUGGAUACACUCGACGUCGAAGAUGUGCUUGGCGACAGCAUCGGCCUCUUCGGCGACGAGGAGCACAAUGACGGGACCGUCUAUUACGGGCCACUGACGCUCACUACGGCACCGAAGGAAGGCAAGGCCAACACGCUGUUGGCCGACCAUCUCUUCUCGCCGUCGCUCUUGUUGGCAGAGCGCAUCGAGCGUGGACUUAUCCCGUUAGCCGGCCGCUCUGUCGUGGAACUUGGCGCCGGAUGCGCCUUGCCCUCACUGCUCUCUGCCACCCUUGACGCGCCUCCAGCGUUGGUGGUGGCCGCCGACUAUCCGGACAGGGUCAUCCUGGACAGCUUGAUCAAAAAUAUUGACUCCAACCGUCCCCAUUUCUCCAAGAAGUGUGACGUUCGCUGGAUCAGUUACGAGUGGGGAAGCGACGUUGCACCGCUCCUAGAAUUGGUGUCUGACGACAGAAAAGGCUACGACAUUGUCCUCCUGUCGGAUCUGCUGCACUUUGACGCGUCGCACGACGCUCUGCUGCUGUCACUCACCUCUUUGCUACACAAAUCCAGCAGCGCCCGCACCUAUGUCUCAGCCGGAAAAUACACACCGGCAGCGGUAUACGAGUAUUUCUUGCGCGAAGGCGAGAAGCUGGGCUUGGCGUGGGAGGAGGGCGAGGACGACGGAGUCUGGCGGGCGACGCUGGAUGUCCACGGCGGGGGGCUGGAUCGCGAACAGCUCGGCAUCCGCAAGGGCAUGUGUCGCUGGUGGACCGGCCGUUGGUCAGAGGAAGGCCUGGCGGUUAGUGGCAGAGAAGAUCAUUUAUCGAAAGUUAGGUUUGCGGAUAAGACCUGGGCUGGUCGCUGAUGGCGGGGAGCGCCCAGGUACUUGCCUGCUCGAUUUGAUGCCACUCCCGGAAUCGUGGUGUGGAUAGUGGGGAGCACAUGCUCCUGGGAAGUGCGCCACGCUCGAUACCCUGAAAGAUGCCAGGAUGGAUGCACUCUCCGAUUCUCUGGACCGUCCGAUGCAUAUAUAGGCUCUGGGCCUUACGUCAAGGUUCGCGGAGGCUGAAUGCACGUUGCCUCCCGCCGCACUUACAUAAUCCUCGUCACUCCACCCCGCCGACUAACAUACCUCCAGUCAUGAAAUAGAUCGUGGAACACCGGUGUGCUGCGUCGACACACACUGUUCUCGUGGACACAUUAGACUCACGUCACCAGCAUGUGCCUUGAUCAGCCACUCGCUUGUACAAAUACAACACACUGGACCCUGGUUGGGUACCUCUCCAGCGCAUUAACAUAUCACAUCCUCAAGGUCAUAUCGCAGACGUAACCGCGGCUCCUGCAUGACACAGGCGAUGUGCAG